AUGGUGUUGUUAAUUGGAAGAUUGGCCAAUACCUUCCAAUCAUUAAUCUGUUUAUUAAAAGGUGUAUUGGAAGAGAUCAUUAAUUUUGAUUGGUUAAAAAUAAAAGGGUGUAUUGGGUCUUCCAUUUCCAAUGUUUUUAUUGAAAUUUCUAUUUCAAUAAAAUUGUAUCACGAUUGGAUGAAUGAGACAAAAGACAAACUACCGAUUUAUGAUUCCAGUAAAUUUAGUGGUCAAAUUAAAAUUGGUGGCAACAGUGUUGUUUAUUCUGCUAAAUAUGGUGAAGAAAUGAUUGUCUAUAAAAAACUCAUAGACGAUGAAAUCAGAAAAUUUGUCAAUGAGCUAAAACAACACAUGGCCGUUCGCAAUGAUUAUAUUAUUGGGCUUUUAGGAAUUGCCAUAGGUGAUGAAAAUAUGAUAGUAUUACAAUAUGCAAACGGUGGAUGCUUACGUGAUUAUUUGGGAAAAAAAAUUCAAAAAAAUGUUUUUACAAUUACCUGGGCAGAACUUAUUCUGAUUGCAGAACAAAUCAUUUUCGGGUUGCAAGGUUUGCAUGAUACUAAAAUUACUCAUGGAGACUUGUCUUCUAGAAACAUUUUGGUAAUGAAGGAUAAUAACAAUAAAUUCAGCAAAGUCAAAAUAGCAGAUUUUGGAUCAGCAUCGAAAUUUGACGACAUAAAGGAAAUUGCAAUUGAUGGUGUUGAAAUGCUACGAUUAGCCGUUUUGGGGUCAUCUUUAGGAGGAGCUUUUUUAAGUCAAUAUAAAGUCGACUUAAACAAAUGCGCUUAA